GCUGCACCGAGAGCGCAAGCGAUCUUGCGCGUGAGCACGGUAUACAAGAUUACCUGUGCCCUAACAUGGACCAUAACGCGUGGUCUCCUGCGGGACCCGGUAAGCACGGUUACAUGCAAGUCGGCUUGGGCCGAGACAAGAGGCUCUUCAACGACGCCGGCGACUACCGACACGUCUUCGUCGGCGCGGGCAAGCAUUUCCUGUACUGCGGCUGGUACCACGUCCUGCGCGUCGAGCCGCUCACGAAGGAGGAGUGGGAGACCCUGCCGCCGAAGGUGAAGCAAACGUACUCGGAGACGACCGUGAGUAAGGAGAAGUCGGCCGAGCUCAAGUCGGUGCAGCAGGUGCUCCGCAUGUACAACGAAGGCGUGCUGCGCGCGCCGUGCGUGCGCCUUCAGUGUGUGGAGUUCGACACGGCGUUCUACCAGGAGCUCGCGCGCGCGAACGACCAGUUCUUCCAGCACAGGCCGCUGCAGAUGCGCCCGUCGGCUCACAAGGGCGGGGCGGGGCCGUCGAAGCGGCGGCGCGUUGACAAGGAGAGUACACAUACUCUGGUCGAUGAUAGCGAGGAGGAGGUCAGCCUUGCGUUGGUGACGAAGAAGAAGACCCUGGUGGCGACACCAUCGAGCACACCCGCGUUCUCGUCAACGAGCCAGCUGAAGGUCGACGAUACGGUAGACACCAAAGUGGACCUCACCACUUCGGAACUGCCGCCGUCUGUUCCGCCGGUCGACGUCAACGUCACGCCAGGGGCCGGACCAUCGACCAUGCGUACAGCGCCAUCAACGGGGUCCUCGACUGUACCCAUGCAGUCUGGUUCAAUCAAACUACGCAUCCCUCCCCGCAGAAGUGUCAACGGGAAACCCCUCAUACCCGACGUGCUGGAGGAUGUUAUCGAGUUGUCGGAUUUGUCUUCCGAGUCGGACGAUGAUGACAUGUACGCAAACUGA